GGGUGAGUGCCGCAUGGCGACGCCACCGUCGCCCGGUGGCGACAGGUGUCUGGCGCGGCGCGUCAGUGUCGCGGCGGCCGCUCGUGAGCUGAGUCACGUUGUCGUUGUAUCUGCCGUUGUGUCAACGGCGAAGAGUACUCGCGCGCGCGCACACUCUCGUUGAUUCCUCUUAUCAUUAGACAUUGAGGAAGAUUGUGUUUAACGAGUUAGUUUUUGGUCCGGCUUCUCGAAUGAACGCAAAUCGGCGGUACUGCGAACCGGUUCGUACGUUCGCGUAAAGCGGUCGUGCGGUCCGGUGCGGAGAGAGGGAGAGUCGUGAGGGCGACGAGGACGAUCGGUUAGUGCAAAGAAGGGCGUUACCUUUUUCGGAGAUACGAGUAAGUGGUGGAAUCGAGAAGUAGGAGAAAAAAGAAAGGAAAGAAGGAAGGAAGGAAGGAAGAAAAAAAAGGAAGGAAGAAGAAAAGAGACAGAUAGGAGGAUGUCUCUGACGUGUCGAGUACAGUACCUGAACGACGUUGAUCCGUUCGCUUAUGCGAGCUCCUAUCCGGAGCCACCGAGACCUCCCGUGCACACCUUCAGCGCGACCUUGCCGUUGAUCAACCAACUUGCCGCCGUUCAUCGACUUCUUCGAGCACCUCACAGGCUCGAUGAUACGGCUCUUCAACUUUACAAAGAUGGCGAUUACGGAGCUUAUUUGGAUCUCGAGGCUUCGAUCAGUGAACAACAGGAAGAAUUUGAAGGCUUUCAAACAAACCGGAAGAACUCAAUCGUUCUCAGAACUCAGCUCUCUGUGAGGGUUCACACCAUCAUAGAAAAAUUGCUGAACAGCGAGGGUCGCGAACUACGACGAGCUCUUUUUUCCCUCAAGCAGAUCUUUCAGGAGGACAAAGACCUGGUGCACGAGUUCGUGCAAAACGAUGGAUUGGCUUGCCUCAUCAAGGUCGGCAGCGAGGCCGAUCAGAAUUAUCAAAAUUAUAUACUACGAGCUCUUGGUCAGGUGAUGCUCUACGUGGAUGGCAUGAAUGGCGUAAUAGAACAUGGUCAGACGGUACAGUGGUUAUACACCCUUAUAGCCAGUCGCUUUCGGUUGGUCGUAAAGACGGCUUUGAAGUUGUUGCUGGUCUUCGUCGAAUACGUGGAAACGAACAGUUUGUUACUUGUUCGUGCUGUACGUUCCGUAGACACGUCAAGAGGUAUGAUACCAUGGACGAACGUAAUGAAGCUUUUGAAGGAUUAUGAUGCCGCUGACACAGAACUUCUAAUAUACGCGACGACCUUGGUAAAUAAGUGUUUGAACGGCAUCCCCGAUCAAGAUACAUAUUACGACCAAGUAGACUGUCUUGAGGAGCAAGGAAUUGAGGGUAUUAUUCAAAGGUAUAUGUCAAAACAAGGAACAGAUCUCGAUCUUCUUAGACAGUUUCAAAUUUAUGAGGCUGUACUCCAUCAUGAAGAUGGUAACGACAGAGGAUCACCAAUUCGACAGCUCGAUGACAAUAUCAGGAAGACCCUACGCAACCGGAAGUCUCUUGUGGAUUCUCACGAGCGUCGAAAGUCCCGCAGGCACUCAACCGGCACGUCGCCGCUCUCGAUGUCCUUGAACGCUCGCUUAAGUCCACGCUCUAACCAUUCUUUGGGGCUUAGCUCCCUUAACAACACCUUGAAUUCGAAUCUGCCUGAUGACGAUGAUGAGUCGAGUAGCUCUCAAAGUUCUCAAGGACAUCUUGGAGAAGUUCAGCUCAAUGGCAGCUAUAAGGAGAAUAAAGUCGACGUUGGCGUGACACCAGCAUUGAGACGUAGAAGAGAACGAGCGGAGAGGCAAAGGAGUUUCAUCAGAGAGCAACAAGAGGCUACCGCGAAUAUGAGAGCAUCGGUUGGUCAUUCGGACGAUCAAGAAAGUUCUUUCUCGUCGAAUGGUUUACGAUACACCAAUGGCACGACCUACGAAAGAAAAACGGACUCUCCGUCGAACAAACUCUCUCGAACGAAUAACAGGAAGGAUUUAACGCCGCUAAUGAACACCGUGAACAAGCUCGACUCCGAGGAGAAGAAGCCUUGGUACGGUAAGAGUCCCGAUGAGAGUGUCGAGUGCGACGAGGGUAAUCAUACCGAUGAUGACGAGAAUCGUCGAGUGGUUUUGCAACUGAAACGAGAAGGUACCGUGAAGGAUCUUACGCAGAAGUUAACGGCACAGAAUCUCAUACCGAGUAGUCCUGUUGAUGAAAAGGUAUCGAGGAUAGGAGAUAUGAGCGGUUUGAUCUCAAAGGCUAAAGAGGGCUUGGCUAAAUCAAAGUCCAAGGCCGACGUAUUAAAAUCACCAACAGGCGACAAUCUGCCAAAGGUACAGGAAGUAAAAAAGUCCGAGAAUGAGUUGCACUGGGAAGAGCUUGUUAAGAAAUUGAAGAGGCCCUUGGCUCUCUGUGACCUUGACUUUACGGAUUUGAAUUCGGACGAUGAGAUCGACGUUUUAGGACCGGUAAACGUGACGAAUGGCGUUCCACCUCCACCACCACCGAUGGUACCAGUUCCACCUCCUUCAAUAUUGCCUCCGAAUUCUGGUACCAAACCGCCACCUCCUUUACCUCAUCUUCCACCACCUCUUUUUUCACCUCUGAAUCUCAAGUCCACGAGAUCCCCGAUGAACAACGAUCCAGCUAACUCUUCUAGGAAUCCAUCCUUUACCUCUCCAGCUUCGAACUUGACCAUAAAAAAAAGCAAGAAGACUGUGAAGCUCUUCUGGAAAGAAGUCAGGGACGAUCCCAUCAUCCUUUCGAGAUUAGACAAGAACAAAAUGAUCUGGGACGAGCUCUCACCAGUACCCGUUGACACGCAGAAGCUCGAACAUCUAUUUGAGAGCAGAGCCAAGGAUCUUAUCACCAAGAAGCAGCAAGAAAUGAAUAAGAAUAAAGAGAUCAUCGUACUCGACCACAAAAGAUCAAACGCGAUCAAUAUUGGCAUGACAAAAUUGCCACCACCAAGAUCGAUCAAAACGGCCAUCUUAAAGAUGGAUGCGACUAUUAUGAACAGAGAGGGUAUCGAGAAACUCCUGACGAUGCUACCAACAGAAGAAGAAAGAUCAAGGAUACAAGAGGCACAGGCUGCGAAUCCCGAUCUUCCUUUGGGAUCGGCAGAACAGUUCCUCCUCACUUUAGCAUCGAUAUCGGAAUUGCCAGCAAGAUUGAAACUCUGGGCAUUUAAACUGGACUUUGAAAAUUCUGAAAAGGAAAUUGCAGACCCUUUGAUGGAUCUCAAGCAGGGAAUGGAGACGCUGCGAGUGAAUAAAACCUUUCGUGGGAUUCUAAGCACGCUUCUUUCGAUCGGGAUAUUUCUCAACGGAAACGAGGUGAAGGGCUUUCAGCUGGAAUACCUUGCCAAAGUACCUGAAGUAAAGGACACCGUUCACAAGCACUCGCUACUUCAUCACCUCUGCUAUAUGGUGAUGGAAAAGUUUCCGGAUUCCACAGACCUUUAUUCCGAGAUUGGUGCAGUGACACGUGCUUCAAAGAUCGACUUCGACGAAUUAGCUGCGAACAUUGGAAAACUUGAGAACGAGUGCAAGGCGUCAUGGGAUCAUUUAAAAUUAAUCGCCAAACACGAUGGUUCAACCAUGAUGAAGGUCAAGAUGUCUGACUUUCUGGCCGACUGUGCGGAAAGGAUAAUAGUCCUGGGUAUCGUUCACAGGCGUAUUAUAAAUCGAUUUCACAAGUUCAUACUCUGGCUUGGUAUACCGCUCCAUAGAGUACAGGAUACCAAACCGAAUGAGUUUUGUAGGAUAGUAUCGGAGUUUGCUCUCGAAUAUAGAACAACGCGGGAAAGAGUGAUACAGCAGCUCGAGAAGAAAGCCAAUCAUCGAGAAAGAAAUAAGACAAGAGGAAAGAUGAUCACCGAGGUUGGUAAGUUUAGGACGAAAGAGGAUCGAGCAGACGCUGAACUGAGGCAACUCCUCGGAAGUGACAUUUCCGACGUCGAAAGUAUUCAUGGUACGCUACCCUGGCGAAGGCAGAGAAAGGACGGACGAACCACGCUGGGACCUUUGCUGAGAGAUGAAGGUACGAACGGUAAUCUCACUGACGGCGAUGACGAGCUUCUAGAAUCUCUCGUAAAAACUGCAACAAAGACGCCAGCUACGAGGACGACACCGAGGGAACGUAAAAGGACGAGGCACGCCGAUCGUAAGUCUUUGCGUAGAACGUUGAAGAACGGCCUCUCAGAAGAAGAAAAGAAACACAUCGCCGCUUAUAUCAAGGGCUAUUGACUGUGAUAAUAUCCACCCUUUCCCCCUACAACAACCCUUGGGAACUUUCUCAUUCGCUGUGAAGUCGCUAGCGAAGGGAACGAGGAUUGACCAUGCGUGGUCCAAGCAAACUAUUAUGUAAAUCGUCCUUCUUACGAAGAUUCUUAGGCGGUUCAAUACGACAUAAAUGAAAAGGAACAACGGAUGACGACUGGAUGACACGCGUAAAACGUGACAAAUGAUUGAGGAGGACAUAUGAGAGAGAGAGAGAGAGAGAGAGAGAGAGAGAGAGAGAGGGAGAGAGAGAGAGAGAAAGAAAGAAACGAAGAAAGAACGAUUCCUCCAUACAAAACAGACUUCAAGAAACGAUGUCUGUAUAACAUACUUUUAUCAAAUCUCUUUAUCAGCACGUAUAUCGAACGGUUUUUUAAAUUUCUUUUCUUUUUUUUUUUCUUUUUUUUUUUUCUUUACAAAUUCUUUCUUUCUUUCUUUUUUCUCGUUUUUCUUUUCCAUUGUUUUCUUUUUUCAUCUUUUUUCUUUUUCUCAUCUCGCAUGGUACGGUUAUUUUUUUUUAUUUUAUUAGAUCGAAUCAAUUUUUAGUAAAUAUUUAAAAACACAUAACCACUCCAUGCGAUCUCAUAUACAUGUACGUAUGUAGGUAAUACUAUCUAAAUACCUACAAUCUUCAAUGAGAAUUAUGAUUUAACGAAUGAAAAUAUUUUUAAUUUAUCUAAAUUAAAGAAACAGAAUUGUUUCUUUGACUAUUUUUGCAUAUACGAGAAAAAUUGGCUUGGGUAAAAGAAAGAUAGGGUGAUGGAUAUAAACAAUAUUAAUUGAUACUUCUGCGAGUAAUAUUCUUUGAAUAUAUAAUAUUGUAUAUUCUGCCAUUGGUCAUAAUCGUAACAGGGUAAGUUGUUCGUGCCUGUGCUAGUUCAACGAAUUUUCCGAUUUUUUCUUGUCAGUGCUACGAUAUAGAUCGCUUAUACAUACGGUCGAUGGAUAAAUUUGAUGAAUAAGAAAGAAAAAUAUAUAAAAAGAUAAAAAAAAAUAAAUAAAUGAAUAAACGAGAGGAGCGAUUCCGUGGCUCGUUUUGUGCCUAUUGAAAAAAAAAAAAAAAUAGGAAGAACCUCUUUUGAAAUCGAUAUGUUUUCGAUAUGAAUUUUACAACGAAGAUUUGUAACGGUGUGAUUUAUCGGGUGAUAGAAAUAAUUUAAUUAAUUUAAUUGUUAUUACAUUAUUGUGUCGUAAGUAUGUAUUAAUUACUGUAAUUCUCAACGUAAAUGAUUUUUGAAAUAAAAAUGAAAAAUGUUAA